AUGUCCUCCAUGCAGAACCAGGAGGGUAUAGAAUGUCCUCCACUGCAGAACCAGGAGGGUAUAGAAUGUCCUCCACUGCAUAACCAGGGGGGUCUAGAUUGUCCUCCAAUGCAGAACCAGGAGGGUAUAGAAUGUCCUCCACUGCAGAACCAGGAGGGUAUAGAAUGUCCUCCACUGCAGAACCAGGAGGGUGUAGAAUGUCCUCCACUGCAGAACCAGGAGGGUAUAGAAUGUCCUCCACUGCAGAACCAGGAGGAUAGAAUCUAUACCUUCCUAGUUUUGCUGCAGAGGUUUUCUAUACCCUCCUGGACACUCUCUCCUAUUCAAUCCCCUCUGCUGCUAUUAUGGAUUCUAUACCCUGGUUCUGCAGUGGAGGACAUUCUAUACCCUCCUGGUUCUGCAGUGGAGGACAUUCUAUACCCUCCUGGUUAUGCAGUGGAGGACAUUCUAUACCCUCCUGGUUCUGAAGAGGAGGACAUUCUAUACCCCCCAUGGUUCUGCAGUGGAGGACAUUCUAUACUCUCCUGGUUCUGCAGUGGAGGACAUUCUAUACCCUCCUGGUUCUGCAGUGGAGGACAUUCUAUACCCUCCUGGAUCUGCAGUGGAAGACAUUCUAUACCCUCCUGGUUCUGCAUUGGAGGAAAAUCUAGACCUCCUGGUUCUGCAGUGGAGGACAUUCUAUACCCUCCUGGUUCUGCAGUGGAGGACAUUCUACACCCUCCUGGUUCUGCAGUGGAGGACAUUCUAUACCCUCCUGGUUCUGCAGUGGAGGACAUUCUAUACCCUCCUGGUUCUGCAUUGGAGGACAAUCUAGACCCCCCUGGUUAUGCAGUGGAGGACAUUCUAUACCCUCCUGGUUCUGCAGUGGAGGACAUUCUAUACCCUCCUGGUUCUGCAUGGAGGACAUUCUAUACCCCCUAUGGUUAUGCAGUGGAGGACAUUCUAUACCCUCCUGGUUCUGCAUGGAGGACAUUCUAUACCCCCUAUGGUUCUGCAGUGGAGGACAUUCUAUACCCUCCUGGUUCUGCAUGGAGGACAUUCUAUACCCCCUAUGGUUAUGCAGUGGAGGACAUUCUGUACCCCCCUGGUUCUGCAGUGGAGGACGAUCUAGACCCCCCUGGUUAUGCAGUGGAGGACAUUCUAUCCCCUCCUGGUUCUGCAGUGGAGGACAUUCGAUACCCCCCAUGGUUCUGCAGUGGAGGACAUUCUACACCCUCCUGGUUCUGCAUUGGAGGACAAUCUAGACCCCCCUGGUUCUGCAGUGGAGGACAUUCUAUACCCUCCUGGUUCUGCAGUGGAGGACAAUCUAGACCCCCCUGGUUCUGCAGUGGAGGACAUUCUAUACCCUCCUGGUUCUGCAGUGGAGGACAUUCUACACCCUCCUGUUUCUGCAGUGGAGGACAUUAUAUACCCUCCUGGUUCUGCAGUGGAGGACAUUCUAUACCCUCCUGGUUCUGCAUUGGAGGACAAUCUAGACCCCCUGGUUAUGCAGUGGAGGACAUUCUACACCCUCCUGGUUCUGCAGUGGAGGACAAUCUAGACCCCUCUGGUUAUGCAGUGGAGGACAAUCUAUACCCCCUAUGGUUCUGCAGAGGAGGACAUUCUAUACCCCCUGGUUCUGCAGUGGAGGACAAUCUAGACCCCCCUGGUUAUGCAGUGGAGGACAUAUUAUACCCUCCUGGUUCUGCAGUGGAGGACAUUCGAUACCCCCCAUGGUUCUGCAGUGGAGGACAUUCUAUACUCUCCUGGUUCUGCAGUGGAGGACAUUCUACACCCCCCUGGUUCUGCAGUGGAGUACAUUCUAUACCCCCCUGGUUCUGCAGUGGAGGACAUUCUAUACCCUCCUGGUUCUGCAGUGGAGGACAUUCUACACCCUCCUGGUUCUGCAGUGGAGGACAUUCUACACCCUCCUGGUUCUGCAGUGGAGGACAUUCUAUACCCCCCUGGUUCUGCAGUGGAGGACAUUCUAUACCCCCCUGGUUCUGCAGUGGAGGACAUUCUAUAUUCCCCUGGUUCUGCAGUGGAGGACAUUCUAUACACCCCUGGUUCUGCAGUGGAGGACAUUCUAUACCAUAGAGAUUAGAUAUCGCUAUGUUUUAUACCCUCCUCCUGUCUCUCCUCAAGUCUCUGCUCCAGUCUCUCCUCCUGGACCUUCCUCAUGUCAUGUGACUUAACAGGAAAGUCUUGUGUUCCAGCCAGAGACCCUCGAACCCCAAAUCCCCACCUUCUGUCCCCGGCAACCAUCCAGUUUGCCUCUCUGUGUGAAGUUUAACAGAUCAUGGCAAGGAUGGAAAGGGCGAAGACGUUCUCCACCUACCUCGUGCCCCCACCUCCACCUACCACACCCUACAGAACACAUCUAUUGCCAAAAGAACCUACUAGUCUAUGUCCUACAGAACACUACAGCCACGCCUACAGCCAAUAGAACUCUGCCUCCUACAUGAUGCCCUGGAGAACUGUCCUGAAUGUCCUACAGAACACUGACCUACAGAACACUGACCCACAGAACACCGACCCACAGAACACCGACCCACAGAACACCGACCCACAGAACACCGACCCACAGAACACCGACCCACAGAACACCGACCCACAGAACACCGACCCACAGAACACCGACCCACAGAACACCGACCCACAGGGGGCUAUCCUCAAUGGGCUCUUAAAGGGCUUCAGUGUAUUGAACCAGAACAAGGCCUAGGUUAGAGUUAUGGGUCUGUAAUGUAUUGAACCAGAACAAGUCCUUGGUUGAACAUUAUUAACACAAUGUUAGGUUCAAAAUGAUGUUAUGUUUCCCUGCCCUAAAACACGAGGGCUUAUUAUCCACCGUGGGCCAUGUCAUGUGUUAAGUUAUACACUGCAUUCAGAAAGUAUUCAGAACCAUUAACUAGUUCCACAUUUUGUUACAGCCUUAUUCUAAAAUGGAUUCAAUAAAAACGUUCCUCAUCAAUCUACACACAAUACCCCAUAAUGACAUCACAAUACCCCAUAAUGACAUCACAAUACCCCAUAAUGACAAAGCGAAAAACAGACAUACCUUUAUUUGCAUAAGUAUUCAGACCCUCUUGAAUUUGAGCUCAGGUGCAUCCUGUUUCCAUUGAUCAUCCUUAAGAUGUUUCUACAACUUCCUUGGAGUCCAUCUGUGGUCAAUUCAAUUGAUUGGACAUGAUUUCGAAAGGAACACAACUGUCUAUAUAAAGGUCCCACAGUUAACAGUGCAUGUCAGAGCAAAAACCAAACCAUGAGGUCGAGCUCCAAGACAGGAUUGUGUCGAGGAACAGAUCUGGGGAAGGGUACCAAAAACAUUUCUGCAGCAUUGAAGGUCCCCAAGAACACAGUGGCCUCCAUCAUUCUUAAAUGGAAGAAAUUUGGAACCACCAAGGCUCUUCCUAGAACUGGCCGCCUGGCUGAACUGAGCAAUCUGGGGAGAAGAGGGUUGGUCAGGGAGGUGACCAAGAACCCAAUGGUCACUCUGACAGAGCUCCAGAGUUCCUCUGUGGUGAUGGGAGGACCUUCCAGAAGGACAACCAUCUCUGCAGCACUCGACAAAUCAGGUCUUUAUGGUAGAGUGGCCAGAUGGAAGCCACUCCUCAGUAAAAGGCACAUGAAAGCCUGCUUGGAGUUUACCAAAAGCCACCUAAAGACUCUCAGACCAUGAGAAACAAGAUUCUCUGGUCUGAUGAAACCAAGAUUGAACUCGUUGGCCUGAAUGACAAGCGUCACGUCUGGAGGAAAAAUGGCACCAUCCCUACGGUGAAGCAUGGUGGUGGCAGCAUCCCCCUGAGUAAGAGGUCUGAAUACUUAUGUAAAUGUUAUAUUUCAGUUUUUUUAUUUGUAUAAAUUUGCUAACAUUUCUAAAAACCUGUUUUUUGCUUCGUCAUUAUGGUGCAUUGUGUGUAGAUUGAUGAGCUGAAUUUUUGGGGGAUUUAAUUAACUUUAGAAUAAGGCUGUAAUGUAACAACAUAAAGACAAGUUGAAUACUUUCUGAAUACUCUGUAUAUAUUAAUUUGUAUAAUUUACAGUGAGAUGCUUGUUUAGCAGUGAGUGUGAUGAGUGUUUCUUACGUUGUGUUUCUGGUCGAGAACAGAAUAUACCCAUGUAGCAUUGAACCUAUUCCUGUCCCAAAUCUGUUUGUGUUGUCUUGUCAAAUCCUAUGGUCAUUGUCAAGCAAUACAGCACAAACAGAUCUGUGACCAGGCUAAGUUAGAAACUGGUUUCAUAUUAUAAUUAUAUCAGAUACAAAUCUCUGUCAGUUUUACCUUCAAAAUGUAUUCAAAGCUUUUUUUUAAAAGUUGGCAAUCUAUGUAAAUACAAAUCAACAAUCAAAGACGAGAAAAAUAAAUCCCAACGUGGUU